AUGCCUGUUAGCUGGAUCCAGUCCCCCAGGAAGUUAGCAGAAAAUAUCUGGCUAUGUGGGCUGUUCAUCACCAAUCAUGACAAGGGCCACAUUGCCACCAUGCUCAACUCAUGGCCUGAGGAUGACAUUAAGGCUGUGGUGGUGACAGAUGGGGAACACACCCUUGGCCUGGGGGACCUGGGCUGCUACGUCAUGGGCAUCCAAGUGGGCAAGCUGGUGCUAUACACAGUGUGCAGGAGAGUCAACUCACAGCAGUGCCUGCCUGUGAUGCUGGAUGUGGGUACCAACAACCAGGAGCUGCUGGGGGACACCCUGUACAUCAUCCUGCAGCAGGAGAGCAUGCAUGGGGAGGAUUAUGACCAGUUGCUGGAGGAGUUCAUGCAGGCAGUCACCCACAAGGGAGCAACACAAGCCACUGGGAUGGGAUACGGAAUGCACUGCCUCGUCCAGUUUGAGGACUUCACCAAUGUCAAUGCCUUCUGUCUGCUAAACAAGUACCAAGACAAGUACUGCAUGUUCAGUGAUGACAUCCAAGUGAAAGUUCACACUGUCUCUGUUUCCCCGCUGGCCUUGUUUCUUGAUGUGGAAGCCCUCUAG